GGUGGGGUGGAGGGUCUUGCCUCUGGGGUUGGGGCUGGGCACGGGGGAUGGAGACACCACGUUCCGCUGGGCAUUCUGUCUGCCUGGCUCCUCACGCUGCAGUGAGGAAUGUUUCAAUGUCCAGAGGCCUUGGAGGCGGCUCUGGGCCCUCCUGGGCUCCCGGUCGGCGUCAUUUCCAUCCUGGCCUCCUCUGGGUUGGGGGUGAGGGGGCAAACCAUCCGGGUCCUGGGGCCCUGGGCUCCCCCGGGCGGACUCUGGGGUUGGAAGGCUGGGGGGAAGGCAGUGUGGGGGCAGGGGGAGCCGCUCCUCGAGGAGGGAGCAGGACCGGAGGCCCUGGGGACCCCGGAUGGCGGCCCGGUCCCCAGGGCUUCCCAGGGGAGCCGGCGGAGGGCCGGCAGGGGAGGCCGCGGAGGGGAGGCGGCGGGGCCUCCGUGUGCGGACCGCCCUCGGCCCAGACGGCCCUGGGCGGGCGCCCCCAGGUCGCCGCCACCGCCCCCUCCGCCGCCCGCAGCUCGGCCUACGACGCGCGGCUCCGCCAGAAGGUGGCGGUGAAGAAGCUGUCGCGCCCCUUCCAGUCGCUGGUCCACGCGCGGAGGACCUACCGGGAGCUGCGGCUGCUGCAGCACCUGAAGCACGAGAACGUCAUCGGGCUGCUGGACGUCUUCACGCCGGCCACGUCCAUCGAGGACUUCAGCGAAGUGUACCUGGUGACCACGCUGAUGGGCGCCGACCUCAACAACAUCGUCAAGUGCCAGGCGCUGAGCGACGAGCACGUGCAGUUCCUGGUGUACCAGCUGCUGCGCGGGCUGAAGUACAUCCACUCGGCCGGGAUCGUCCACCGGGACCUGAAGCCCAGCAACCUGGCGGUGAACGAGGACUGCGAGCUCAGGAUCCUGGACUUCGGGCUGGCGCGCCAGGCAGACGAGGAGAUGACGGGCUACGUGGCCACGCGCUGGUACCGGGCCCCUGAGAUCAUGCUCAACUGGAUGCACUACAACCAGACAGCAGUGGACAUCUGGUCUGUGGGUUGCAUCAUGGCUGAGCUGCUCCAAGGAAAGGCCCUCUUCCCGGGAAGUGACUAUAUUGACCAGCUGAAGCGCAUCAUGGAGGUGGUGGGCACGCCCAGCCCUGAGGUGCUGGCCAAGAUCUCCUCGGAGCACGCCCGGACGUACAUCCAGUCCCUGCCUCCCAUGCCCGGGAAGGACCUCAGGAGCAUCUUCCGUGGCGCCAACCCCCUGGCCGUGGACCUCCUGGGGAGGAUGCUGGUGCUGGACAGCGACCAGCGGCUCAGCGCGGCCGAGGCCCUGGCCCACGCCUACUUCAGCCAGUACCACGACCCCGAGGACGAGCCCGAGGCCGAGCCCUAUGACGAGAGCGUGGAGGCCACGGAGCGCACCCUGGAGGAGUGGAAGGAGCUCACCUACCAGGAAGUCCUCAGCUUCAAGCCCCCGGGGCCACCGCAGCCUCCGGGCAGCCUGGACAUGGAGCAGUGAGCCGCUCUGGAGCCUGCCCACCCCGUUCCGGUUCCGGUCCGGUUCCGGUUCCGCAGCCCGCCGGGUUCCACCGGGGUUGCCUCCUGCCACAUGAGCCCUGGCCUGGGACCCCUGGCCUGCAUGCCGCUUCUGUGGGCGUCUGCGCACACAUACGAAUGCAUGAACGUGUGCAAGCCGCGGGCGUAGGAGCUGGACAGUGUCCUCCUACCACAUCCCGGCAACAGGCUCUGUCUCCCUUGGGACUCGCUGUGGAGACCUGAGUGCCUGAGGGGUCCCCUGGGGAGGUGUCUGUCCCCAGAUCUCCCCCUCAGGGGGCUGUCUCUUGGGGGUGGUGCCUUGGGACCAGGGCCCCCUGGAGACCCUAAGGGCAGGGACUCCGUGGUCUACGCUGCUUGGCCCAGAAGUGGGGGGGCUGCUCUGGGAAAUGCUGAGAUCCUAAGGCCUGAGAGCUGGUCUCCCCUGGCGGGUGGCAGGGCAGGGACAGCCACCAAGUGUCACAUCGGACCGCCCGGAGCCACGUUUCCUGUGUUGUGGGGCACACGUGCCCUGAUGCGUGUUCCUGGCAUUUACGUGGGAAGAGACGUGGGAGUCUAGGGGCGCCCGGGGCCAGAGUCGUAUGAGCAGAGGCCCACGUCGGGGUGGCUGUCCCUGCCUCCCCUCCCUCCCCAGGGCCCGCUGGCAUGCGGGUGCUGAGGUCCUGCCGUGCACCACGCGAGGGGCUCAGUGGCCAGGGACAGCCGCGUGAGCAAAAAAGCCGGGGCAUUCUCCUGGCUUCCGAAGCCUGAGGGCUCCGCCAGCUGGGGAGCUGCGGUCACGGGGGCUGGGGCACUAAGGGGCUGGCCCACAUCAAGGCGCUUGGAUUGGACCAGGCCCCUCUGCGAAGCUGGGGCGCUCUGACCCGCCCUCCUUCCAGAGGAGCUGACUGUAGCCUCUGGCACAGUGGAGGAGGGCGAGGAGGGCGAGUCUCCGCUGUCCGCGGAGGCCUCAGGUGCCAGGCUGCAGCCUCCGACCUCGAGGGCCGCAGGGCUGGCUACGGGCCAAGUGCCUGCACCUGGUGUCGCAAUAAAGACCAUUUCUUCACGC